UCAGGUUUUGAAUUCCUUCCAUCUUUGAAGUCAAAAUUUCAUCAUGUCAUUCUUACCGAAGAUACAAGUAUUAUCUCCAUUCUUCCGACGGAAUUUUAAAUUUUGUGAAAUUUAUCAACAAAAACAACAAUGGCACAGUUACAUGUUAAGAAAAAUGAAAUCGGAAGUGGAGAAAGCCCAGACGGCCGGUCCAGAGAGUGAUACAAUCUUUGGGAAAAUUAUUCGUAAAGAAAUACCAGCAAAGAUCAUUAUGGAAGAUGAUGAUAUUCUGGCUUUUCAUGAUGUUAGUCCACAAGCACCGGUACAUUUUCUGGUAAUACCUAAGAAAUCUAUCGCAAUGCUACAAGACGUCAAGGAUCAGGACGAGGUCGUACUCGGAAAACUAUUGGUUGCAGCAGCUAAGGCAGCAAGUCAUUUAGGCUUGAAAGAUGGCUAUCGAGUGGUUAUCAACAACGGGAAGCAUGGAUGUCAGAGUGUUUAUCAUCUUCAUGUUCAUGUACUCGGUGGACGUCAGCUUGGUUGGCCACCAACAUAAAUAGGGAUUGUCAAAUUGCAACAGUGAGCUAUGCUGCAGAAAUGUGAAAUUUUGAUCGAAAUUUUUGGCUUAGACUUGAAAUGCUGCUUUCAUGUUUGUGUUAUAAACCAGAGAAUUUUCGGUUUUAGAAAAAAAAGUGAAAAGUAUGGAUUGUAUUAUGUCAUAUUUCAUUCAAAAUUUUCAUUUUAAUGAUAAUGAAACUGCACAGAAAUGGCUAAUUCCGGUAAUCCUCGAGAUUACUUAGAGAGCUAAAGAUUUUUGAUUUUGAAAGACUUUAAUUUUUUGAAUGGGA